CUUACUUCCUAUAUGUUUACUUCCUGCAGUUAUUUACCUAACCUUACCAAAUUAUUUUAUUACAUUUUACACUAACAAAUAAAUCAUUAGAAAUGUUAGAACCCAGGGAAUUGAUAGAACGAAAGAUAACUAAAGAAGCAGAAGAAAGGGCAGCAAAAGAACAACUACAUCAGUAUGGUAUCUUUUUGAACAAUUAUCAGUCACGUUUAAAUACUUUUAUACAAAGUCUACCCUACAAUAAUCUUUUAUGUAAGCCUAUCAUAUAUGUAGAGGCCAAACCUUUUGAAGACUUGGAUAUUGUAAAUAUUGUUUAUUCAGACAAUAAACUACUUAGUAGGAUACUAGCCAGUUUAGGGUCUCUUUGUGAAGAAGCUUCAUUCCUUUCUAAACAGGCUCGUACUCAUUUUUAUGUAACACUUACUUAUUAUCGUGAUGAUAACGUAAAGCAUAUAGAAGUCAUAGACACAUCCAACAACUUAAUAGAAGUAUUACAAAAACUUUAUUUUUUUGUUUUACGUUGUAACAAUGUUAUUGGGCUAAUUUUACGUCAGUUAUGUGCUUUACUAGGAAAGAAUUUAUAUAAAGGGGCCUCAUCUACUUGCUUUUUUGAACCACUAAGUAGUUUAGGAGAUUUACUGGUAUGUUUAGUUACACUUGAUAAUAUGCUAAAUACACCUAAUAUUAAAAGUGCCUGGCUGUUUUAUUGUAAAAUUGUAAAAUCAGGUUUACACAAUCCAAAGAAAUUUGAUGUCACGUUAGAUAGUCUUCGCGGUUUAGAUGAAAGCCUUGGCAGGAUAGAAGUGAAGUUGUUAAGGGGGACAGUAUUUCAACAAGCGAUCGAAAAAUGUGUAGAAGAAGAUUAUCUUGUGUCUCUUAAAAACAGCAAUAUUUCAAAUGAACUUUUUCUAUACAUUAAUCAAUUAUUAAUAGAAUUAGAAAAAGAUGAUACAAGCAUAUUUUACAUUCCAAAUUGGAUAAAAUUAAAUAUAAUGUUCGUUUUCCAUUACAAAUUAUUUGGUACUCUAGAUAAGAAAUUGUAUAAAAGGCUUGCAGAAGUAAAUAGAAAGAAUGUUGCCUGCACUCUAUACGGUACUGUGAUGAUAUAUCCUGAUAAGUUUUUAGUGGAACAUAUUCCUAAUUUAGGAAGAAAUACUGAUGAGAAAAUUCUUACAAAUAAUAAAGGAAACAGAAUAACAUUAAUUGAUCAAAAUUUUUAUAAAGAUUCAUCUAAUCUUUUUGUAGAGUCAUGCCUGUGGAUAAUUGAUAUACGGGAAGUCUUAAAGAAGGAUAUGUAUUCCUUUAAAGAAAAGGAUCUCCAAGAAAUAUGUUCAUUAAUUGUUUUGGGAUUAAAAUUACUUGUAAAAAACAGCAAGCUGUCUAAAUGGAUUUUAAAUUUGCAUGAAGAAGAAGGAAAACCAAUAACAAAAUCAACACUUUUUUCUUUAUUUAAACUUAUUGAAGUUAUGAAAGCUAUGCAGUUUACAUUUCAAAAAAAUUGCCUACCCUUAGCCUACACUACAUGCCUUGUUGCCCAACACCUUACUCACAUAGCAAGAUCAAAAUUAACUAUUAUAAAGAAAAGUUUUGUUAGAGAAAAAUCAUAUAAGGAACAACAGCUCGAUAUAAUUUCAUCUCUUAAUGUGGCCGAAAAUGCACUAAAAGGUCCAAACACACAUCAAAGAAUACUAGUGGCUAAAUUAGCUUUAUCAGCCAGUGGAAUUCCCUCAGGAAUGUUAUCAGAAUUGCGGUCAGUUAUUAAUUGUAUAGAAGUCAUAUCUGGCAUAAACGAUCUGUUAGAAAGUUCCUUUGAUGGGUCUUUUAUGCACUGGCAAAGCACUUUAUUACCAGUUUUCUUAUCGAAGGUUAUUUCUACAAAAGCAGACAUAUCAAGAAUUUAUUUACUUUUAGAUGCUUUCGAGGACCACAGAACUUUAAUUAAAGAUAAAAACUGUAGCACCAUAAAUAAUUUAAUUCAAAGGUAUUUAGUUGACCCGUUGAAUCAGUUAAUAGAAACAAAUUUACGGAUACAAACUCACAUGCAUCUUAAUCCCGUGUCUAUAAGUCCAUUUAAAAAUCUCCCUCCAACAAGUUUGAAAAAUUAUAUCCCUACAAAGUUUUUUAAUGAAUUUUUUAAUGUCAAGCAAGAUAUAGAGCAUUAUCUUAGCACAACCUUUUAUAAUUUAACGACGGUUGUUCUACAUGAUUGGAAAACAUAUGGGGAGAUGAGAAGACUGGCGCAAUUACAAUAUUCGUUAGAGACUGUUGAAGACGGUCUUCCUAUGCAAACUCUAGAACAGGGUCUAGAUGUGUUAGAAAUAAUGAGAAAUAUCGACAUUUUUGUCAGCAAAUAUAUGUAUAACUUAAACAACCAAGUUUUUAUAGAAGAAUGGAGCAACAAUAAAUAUUUAAAUACAAUAGGAAUUUCGCAUGUGGCUAAUUCAAUUCGAAGUCAUGGAAUAGGAAUUAUGAAUACCACAGUGAACUUUAUUUACCAGUUCCUUCAAAAGAAGUUUUAUAUAUUUUCACAGUUUAUGUUUGACGAACAAAUUAAAUCUAGGCUACUAAAAGAUAUUAAAUAUUUUACUGAUCAUAAAGAAGAACUUCGCCAAAUGUACCCUUAUGAAAGAGCAGAGAAAUUUAAUACCGGAAUACGAAGAUUAGGUGUUAACGAAGAAGGAUACAGUUAUUUGGAUUUAUUUAGAAAAUUAAUUACUCAAAUAGGAAAUGCCAUGGGCUAUGUUCGAAUGAUAAGGUCUGGAGGCAGGAGAUGUCUCGCGGACGCCACAUGUUUUAUACCAAAUUUAAAAGAAGCAGAAACAAUACCAGAAAUGCUAAAUGAAAGCUUACCAGAGCAAGUUAAAGCAGCUUCACUUGGUUUUCAAAGAGAUUUAAAAAACCUCAUUGAAAAUUUUGAAGAAGCGACAGAAUAUUUUCAGCUGUUAAUUAACGUAUUUGCACCCGUAUUUAGAGAAUCUCAGAAUAUGCAUUUAAAAAAUUUCUACGUUAUCAUUCCUCCUUUGACAAUAAACUUUAUUCAGCAUAUAGUUGCAUGUAAAGAAAGACUUAGCAAAAAAAAUAAAACGGGUGCAGCGUUUACUGAUGAUGGUUUUGCUAUGGGUUUGGCUUAUAUAAUUGAAUUGUUGGAUCAAACCAGCAAUUUAAAUUCACUCCAUUGGUUUCAGUCAAUAAAUACAAAAAUUACAGAACAACGGAAAGCACUAGAAAAACAAAAAUGUAAGGAACACAAGGAUGAUGAAAAGCUUCAGCAAACGUUAUCUUUAACUGAGAAACGACUAGAUACUUUUGAUAAGGAAUUCCAGCUGUUAUAUUUUAAUUUUAAUAGUGCCAAAAUUUUUUUCAAGACCUAA